GAGAGGAAGUUUGUUGGGGGCUCCAGUCAGAUCAGUGAGUGCAUGGCCAACGAGCUGGGGGACAGAGUGAAGCUGCAGUCACCAGUCUGCAGGGUGGACCAGACUGGGGACAUGGUGCUGGUGGAGACGCUGGACAAACAGACCUACAGGGCCAAAUACGUGAUCGUGGCCACGCCUCCUGGUCUGAACCUGAAGAUGCACUUUAACCCCGAGCUGCCCCCCCUGAGGAACCAGCUGAUCCACCGGGUCCCUAUGGGCUGUGUCAUCAAGUGCAUGGUGUACUACAAGGAGAACUUCUGGAGGAAAAAGGGGUACUGUGGCAGCAUGGUGAUCGAGGAGGAGGGGGCUCCCAUCGGCCUGACGCUGGACGACACCAAGCCUGAUGGGACUGUGCCGGCUAUCAUGGGAUUUAUUCUGGCUCGUAAGUGCAGGAAGCUGUCAGACCUGACCAAAGAAGAAAGGCUGAAGAGGAUCUGUGAGAUUUACUCCAGAGUGCUGGGCUCAGAGGAGGCUCUGCAUCCUGUGCACUACGAGGAGAAGAACUGGUGUGAGGAAGAGUACUCUGGAGGCUGCUACACAGCCUAUUUCCCCCCAGGGAUCCUGACCCAGUUUGGCAG